GAGCUUGGAACAUAAGCUCAUGCAUGUACAAAGGUUUUGAUAGUGUCAGACUCAAAUCUUGAUUAUUGUCUUCACUCAUCAAUGGCUUGUUCCUCACAAAGAGUUAUGUGAAUGACACUAUGAAAAGACCAUACCCCACAUGCCAAAAAUUUAUUAGAGAUGCUAAUUAGGUCUCUGCAUGUCACUUUUAUAAUCAGAGGAUUUAGUUUUGAGAUUGACAAUGGAGGAAGGAGGAAAGUCAUUGGCUGAGACACCAACAUGGGCUGUUGCCACUGUCAUCACUGCAAUGGUUGUUCUUGGCUGGCUGUUUCUUGCCUCCCUCGAGCUUUUCGACAAGUGGCUGGAUAGAACAAAGAGAAAAGCUCUUCUGGCCGCUCUCGAAAAGAUCAGAGAUGAACUGAUGCUUUUCGGGCUUCUAUCAUUGAUGAUGGGUCACUGGAUUGUUUAUGUUGCCAAGAUCUGUAUUAAAUCAUCCUCUGUGAGCAGACGAUUUUACCCAUGUGCACUGGAAAGUGAAUUGAGUGAUGAACCAUCUCAAAUUGAAAUCUCUGUUUUUAAUCAUACAUUCAUGAAUCAUUCAGCUCCGCGACAGCUGAUGAAAACUGCAGUACAUCAUUAUUGCCCUCAGGGUCAUGAAUCAUUCGUUUCACAUGAAAGUAUGGAGCAGCUUCAUCGGUUCUUGUUUGUUCUAGGCACCAGUCAUGUAUUUUACAGCUUUGUUGCGAUUGCCCUUGCCAUGAUUAAGAUCUAUAGCUGGAAAGUGUGGGAAGAUCAAGCCAAGGUGAUGGCUCUUCAAAGAUCAGAAGAAGCUAUUUCAAGCAAUGAAAGAAUGAGAAGAAUGACCACAUUUAUAUCCAACCACACAUCCAAUUCUUGGAGCAAGCACAAGGUUUUGGUUUGGCUGCUUUGUUUCAGUCGCCAGUUUUGGAGUUCUAUAAACCGAGCUGACUACAUGGCUUUGCGAUUAGGAUUCAUAACAACUCAUCAGUUGCCAUUAACAUAUGAUUUUCUCAAUUAUAUGCUCAGAAGCAUGGAGGAUGAGUUUCGGGAUAUUGUUGGCAUAAGUAUCCCGCUCUGGAUUUUUGGCAUAGCAUGCAUUCUUCUUGGUUUUCAUGGAACAAACAUCUACUUUUGGCUUUCAUUCCUUCCGGCAAUUUUGAUUCUCCUAGUCGGUUCUAAACUGCACCACAUAGUGGUCAAGUUAGCUCUUGAAAUAACAGAAGUGGGUCCAGUAGGAGAAUUUCGUCGUUUUAAUCUUAGAGAUGAAUUGUUCUGGUUUGGAAGGCCCAGGUUUUUAUUGAGGAUAAUACAGUUCAUAUCUUUUCAGAAUGCAUUUGAGAUGGCAUCUUUUAUUUGGUCAAUGUGGGAAAUUAGAGAAGGCAGUUGCUUCACAAAAAACCACACAUUCCUUGUUAUCCGAUUGACAUUCGGGGUAGUCUCUCAAAUUUGGUGUAGCUUCAUCACUUUCCCCCUCUAUGUCAUCACCACCCAGAUGGGUUCAAGAUUCAAGAAAACCAUAAUUUCCAACGAUGUGAGAAAUUCACUACAUAAAUGGCAAAGAAGGGUGAAGGCCAGGCAAGGAGAUCACCCUUUUACACUCAUAAAUGAAGUAUCAACUGCAUCCUCUGAUACAACUGGAGACACCGAGAGCUUAUACACAGUGAACUCAGGCAAAGCAAAAGGAUCCUCGAUCACACGACAUGCUUCUUUGGAACAUCAUACUUCAUCAGGGAAUCAGACUUCAUUUUAUUCAAGCUGUCGCUCUGAAGAUGACAUUGAUAGUGAUGAACUUGAAGAUUUACAUUAACAUAUAGUGAACAUGGUCUGUAUCUUGUGUAACCUAUGCAAGUGUUCUCUGAGUGAGGAUGGUUCACUUCUGUAAGUGCAUAUAUCUUUCCAGACGUACGGUCUUUUGCUACAAGAUAUUAAGAGGGGUGUAUUGGAUUGAGAUUUUAAAGCAUUUUUUUGCAUUCAUGAAAUCCGAAGGUAUUCGAUUGGGAUUA